GCGGAAGUGACGCGCUACCGGCGCGCCUCGGGAGGCGCCCGUAGAACGGUUUCCUUGUGGCGGGGGUGAGAUGGCGGCGCCCGGAGCUCCAGUUACCAUCACCGUCACUUACAGUAAUGAAAAACACAGUAUUCAGGUUGCUUCUCAGCAAGAAGAUGGUGAACCUACACUGCAAGACAUGGCUGUACUUAUUGAACAAGUCACUGGAGUUCCAGUUCCUUUUCAGAAGUUGAUAUAUAAAGGGAAGUCUCUGAAAGAAUUGGAACAGCCAUUGUCAGUGCUUGGUGUUAAAAAUGGUUGCAAAGUCAUGUUGAUUGGGAAAAGGAAUAGUCCAGAAGAAGAAGCUGAAUUAAAGAAGUUAAAAGAUUUGGAGAAGUCUGUGGAGCAAAUAGCUAAUAAGUUAGAGGAAGUUAAUAAAGAGUUCACAAGUAUCCAGAAGGGAUUUUUAGCAAAGGAUCUUCAAGCAGAAGCACUAAAACAGCUGGACAAGAGGAUAAAAGGAACUGCAGAGCAGUUCAUGAAGAUCCUGGAACAGAUUGAUGCCAUUCUUUUGCCCCUGUAUGUCUCCAAAAGACUACUUGGCAGCAUCUAUUUCUAAAUGGUGACAUUAAUGCCUGUGUAUGCAUCCCCAUUCUACAGAAGAGCUUCAUUUGGGGCAGCAGCCUGUUAAGACUACAUGAAAUGGGUAUCCUUUACUAAAGUUUUACCCUUUUAGUUUGUCUUGGCAAACUUUCAUGUUAAUCUUCAUGGUAACAGUAAAGGUCUGGAAAAAAAAAAAACAAACCCAAAAAAUAAACCCCAAAAGCCAGAUACACUUUGUAUUCUGUAUUGCAUAAGAACAAGUAGGUCCUGAAGACUGAAGAAUUUUCUGGUCAGUUGUAUGUGGACUGACAGUACUUUAUUUGAGAUGCCUGCAUAUUGAGGACUGCGUUCUUUCUAUGGAAGGUACUGGCGUAUAUCCAAGUGCUUCACAGUCAUUAAUGGAUCAUAACCUUACAGCAUAUUUCCAGAGUAUAAUAUAUCUCUUCCUGUAUCAUGUCAUAGCAAAGAGGUAGGUGAGAAUAAGGGACUUGUGCAGAGAUAAAUAGAAGAUUAUGGCAACUAGGGUAUUUCCUUAUUCUGGUUCUCUGUCUGCUGGGUCAUUCUCUGUAAAUUUCAGUAUAUAAUUAUAUUGGGUUUAAAUUGCGAUAUGCUAAGUAUUUUAAAGUCUUAAAAUUUCCUUUUCUGCCUCAUAUAGAGGAAAAUAUUUUGCUGACAGUUCUUGAGUGCUGUUAGAUGUACAGAGUCUGUGUAACUGGUUCCCUGUUUUAAGUGGCACAUUUACCGUGUUAUCAUGAAAAUAGAUAUAAGAUGACAACUGUUUCAUGUGGAUGGGAUUAAAGCUUAUUUCCGAUCCUUUCAGUUUCUGAUACUAAGUCCUAUUUAGAAAAAAGUCGGUAUUUGUAUGCCGGUGUACGGUUCUGGAACCCAGCAAGCAGCCUUGAAAAACCUUUUCACUGCUUCCUAAUUAAUCCAAACUGAGUUUCCAAAGUUUACUUUUGAUUCUGGUACUUUUUGCAUGGCUUAGAUAAUAACAUGCUUUCUGUUUAUCUCCUUAUCCAAAACACUCUAAAUAGCACUGGACAAGGGACUUUUAGGUUUAGUACAAGAUUUUAGAAGUUUUGCAACCUGCUUACUUCAUGUUUAGGAAAUAAUGGAGUCCCUGUGCCUCAGUUUUGUCUCAUGUGGAAGUGGAGCAGCCAGAGCUAAAACUAAUCAUAAUUAGUAUUUUUUAAUAUUUGGAAUAGUUGCUGUUACUUUGUUGUAUAAGUCUAUGAAAUUGAUGAGCCUCUUAGUUUUUAAAGCAAGAAAUAAGUGAGGGUUUUUAUUACCAGUGAUUGAAGCUAUGUUACACAUACCAAAGUCCAUGUUUAUUUGCUUUAAUAUAUGAAGAAGGCUGUGGGGUUUUGUCAUGAAAACUGAAUUUUUAUUACAUUUCUGUGAAAUCUUGCAGAUAAGAUACGUAUAGUUGAGUGGAAUCUUUACAUAAAGUGCAGCUGUUCAGUGUACUGGUAUUACACCAGAUUAGAUGAACAGGCCAUCAACUUCAUGAGGUAUUACCUAGCUGUACUAUAGUUGUGCAACAUACAGAGGUAGCAACAGAAAAUGGUAAUAAGGUAUGUAUAUGAACAAUAAAUGAGUUCCACUGAAGUAAAGAAUGGUAAAUGGAAAUGUAAAGCAGAAAAGCAUAAAGCUUCCAGAAAGGAUUUUAUCUGUAUCUCAGAAUUGGUUUAUACCCUAUUUAGUAUUCUUUUUGUUAAUCAAGUAAAAAGCAAGUUCUGACAAAUCUCUUGAAUUCCAUUGAUCGUAUAGAUGUGGUAUUGAUUCAAUCAGCAGCAUGUUAGAAACAAUAAGGAAAAAAAGUGACCGAGUGAGCUGUUCUCUGCUAAGACAGAAGAAUCGAUGCAUUGUAGAAGUGAAACAGAGCAGCAAGCUCACACUAUAAAUGUUGCAGUUUGUUUCUUUGGCAGAAUUGUGAAAGCUCUGUAAAGUGUCUUGGCUGUCAUACACUUGGAUCAGUCAAAAACAUCUAGCUUGAUACAAAAUGAGAUUUGUAUGGUUAUAGAGCGCUAAGGAUGAGGAGCCUGCAUAUUGUUUUCUGUCCGUUCUAGGGGUGUCAGCCUCUUACUGUUAGCAGACAAGUUCAUUACUUGGAGGAGCUGAGUUUGGGACUAAUACUCUUUUUUUUACUGGACUCCAUGCAUUCAAUAACUAUGAAUUUAAAAGAAGUGAUUUAGGAAGUGGAGCAGUAGGUCAGUUGUCAUACAGUAUGAGGUGGGAGAAAAAAAAAUACAGUGUUGUCACUGCCAGAGGUGUGAAAGAAAAGUCUUAAAGGGAUACUCUUUGAAGUUUUCUUCAGGAGGAAUACAAAUUGAGUCAUGUUCAACAGUUGAAGAUUUGUGUAUGUACAUCACCAAAAAUGCCAUUUAUUUCAGCAGUUAAAACAUUUGGUCCAGGAGUAAAAGUCAAAGUACAUUACUUAAUACAAAUCUCAGUGAGUAUAACACAAAAUCUUUGACUUGAUCAGCUGGCACAAUUUUUUAAGUAAUCGAAAGGCUUUUUCAAGAAAAAAAAGGAAAGCUUUUCUGAGGUCAGCAGGAAAACUUAAAUUGACCUGCAUGACGCUAUGUACUUCUUGUGAGCCUGCUCUAAUUUAUAUGAAGUCUGUCACUGGUAUUGCAGUCUGAGUGAUUACUUUGUUCUCAUGAUGAUUUCUUACUAAAUGGCAGAUUUGUAAUCUAGAAAGACAAAUAUUGCAGAGAACAGAUUGUUCUAACAACUGAAAAGAACCCCAGCUUUCUCUUCUGAAAUACCAGUCACUGAUUUUGUUUAAAUAAAUUCAUGACAAAAUCAUCUGUCUAAUUGCAUGUAUCAGUACUGAGGAUAUUGAUAACAUUACUGACUCAUAAUUAUGUUUUGGUGGUCCAUCCUCCUUUCUUGAAGAUUUUUGCUGUCGUAAUUCCUCUGUAAAACUUACUUAAUGUACUGUUCUGAUGAAGCUUUUUCACUGUUUCCUUAUCCCUUCUAAACUUGUCAUCUGGUAAAUCAAUACCAAAUUAACAUUUCAGAGAUUGAAAGAAAGAAGAAAAAAAUUUUCUGAAGGAAAAAAAUAAUCAUUAUACCUGUAACAAACAUUUCCCAGGCUUCUGGGAAGUUUUGCCACUUACAAUAAGAUGAGAAUUUAUUUCUAAACCUUUGAAUUUAUCUAGGUAAAUAAACAUUCUUCUAAGAAUUUCUUAUUAUAAUUCUUAAAUCUCUUAGCAUGGAUCAUAAACAAGAAUCAAAGCUUCAGGAGAAAAUUUUUCUAAAGCACAAGGAACAUGAAAAUACUAUCAUCUCUCAGUGAGGAUAGAGCACUUAGUUACCACUUCUGCAUUCAGAAAACCUGUUGACAAAUGCUGCCAUUUAAUAGCUGCUUUUAAAGAAGCUGCUCAGAUGUCUACUUAGAUGAAAAAGAUUCAGUGUCAACAUGUCCUCAUGCAGUUUACCAAUUUAUUUACCAAUAACUUUAAAAAAAAAGUGUGAAGGGCUGGUAAUCAAUAAAAACUACACACUAAAAUGUAUUGUUUUGGAUUUUUAAAAGAAAUUAUUGAAAAAGCUUCUUGUUAGAUGGAUGGUCCUUGUUUGCAACUGAUUAGCAUUGGUACCAUGGGUAGCAGAGUGAUUUUUAUUUUUCUUUUAUGCAAUUUGAUAACAAACCAAAAAUGUUUCUAGCUAUUAUUACUAGUGACUGCUAGUGUAGGAGAUUGCCCAUUAUAAGAAUGGUG